GAGGAGAGGCGAGGGGCGAGUUGGGGCCGGCCGGACAGUUGGCGACGGCUCGGAGGCUGCAGCAACGCGGCCCGAGGGGCGCCGCUGGUUCCGCUCUAUGAGCCCGGCCGGGGCUGCGGCGCCGAGGGCGGGUCGUCGAGUGCCGCCGCCGCCGCCAGCAGCAUCGCCCAGGGACCGGCUGCCCAUCGUCGCCCAGGGGCCGCCGCUGUGAUUUGCGGAGGGGAGGCUGCGGAGGACCCGCCAGCCGGCCGAGGAAAGACGGGAGGGCAGGCUCGGGUAGAAAAAUGUCCACUUUCCUUACGGUUGGCCUUCUCCUGCUCUUUGUGGUUGACUAUGGUUCCUCUGAGAACUCCAGUACUCCACGAGGAUGUGGACUGGAUCUCCUUCCUCAGUAUGCUGCCCUGUGUGAUCUGGAUGCUAUCUGGGGGAUUGUGAUUGAGGCUGUGGCCGGUGCAGGGGUCCUGACCACGCUGCUCCUCAAGUUGAUCUUGCUGGUGAGGCUGCCCUUCAUCAAAGGCAAGGAGAAAAGGAGCCCGUUGGGCCUCCAUUUCCUCUUCUUUUUAGGGACCUUGGCUCUGUUCGGCUUGGCCUUUGCGUACAUCAUCGAAGAGGACGAGACCAUCUGCUCCAUCCGCAGGUUCUCCUGGGGGGUCCUCUUCGCCGUCUGCUUCUCCUGUUUGCUCGCUCAAGCCUGGCGGCUCCGGAGGCUGGUCCGCCACGGCAAAAGCCCAUCUGGAUGGCAGUUGGCCGGGAUCGCCGUCUGCGUUGCGUUGGUCCAGGUCAUCAUCGCCACCGAGUGGCUGAUACUGACGAUUGUGAGGGAAGGGAAGCCGGCCUGCCGUUACGAGCCCAUGGAUUUUGCGAUGGCUUCCAUUUACGUGAUGUUCUUGAUGGUGGUCACCCUGUGUUUCUCCUUCUUCACGUUGUGUGGGAAAUUUAAGAAGUGGAAGAAGAACGGGGUGUGCCUCGUCAUCACCAGUUUCUUCUCGAUCCUCAUUUGGGUGGCUUGGCUGACUAUGUACCUGUACGGUAACAAGGAACUGGGCAGAAGAGACCAGUGGCAGGAUCCCACCCUUGCAGUGGCUCUGGUAGCCAACGGUUGGGUCUUCCUAAUCUUCUACGCCAUCCCAGAGGUUCACUGUGCCAUCCUCCCGUCUCGGCAAGAGAACACGCCCAACUACUUCGACACUUCCCAACCGCGGAUGCGUGAAACCGCUUUUGAGGAUGACCUCCAGCUCCCUCGGAGUUACAUGGAGAAUAAAGCUUUUUCAAUGGAUGAGCAUAAUGCAGCGUUACGGACGGCAGGAUUUCGCAACGGCAGCUUGGGAAGCCGUGCAAGCGCUCCCUUCCGAAGCAACGUCUACCAGCCCACCGAGAUGGCGGUUGUCUUGAACGGUGGGACUAUUCCAACUGCUCCACCAAGUUACACUGGAAGACACCUAUGGUGAAAAGCUUAGAGGUCAUAGAGGAAGAGAGAGAGAGAGAGAGAAUCCAUUAACAAAAAUUGAUUGCCCCCCUCCCCCAAAAAGUGUGUGUUUUUCAGAGGGAGGAAAUCCAUCGGGGGGAGCCGUGGAAAUGCCUAGAAACUGAUAGCUCGGAGUUCUUUUCUCCUUUUUUUUUUUUAAUAAAACAAAUAAACAAAACAACAAAAAAAAAAACAACCCAUCAUGAGCACUGUCAAAUCGAUAAGCUAACUACCAGGAGCCUCCGGGGUGCAAUAGAAGCUGACCCGAAUUUAAACAGUAGACCUAGGCGCAUUUCUUCUUAUUUUAAAAAUAGAAGAAAAAAAGUGGGAUGGGGACGAGAAAAGGGAUCCAGUAGCAAAAUCACAAGAGAAAAGUGUUUGGUGUGAGAAAAGUAGGAAGGCUUUUGGAAGGGGCAAAGGUCUUCAUGUAAUCGAGCUUUGUGCGAGAUUGUCCACACAAGGGGCUUUUUUGACUUCUUGGCUACUCUUGGAACAGCAUACAUGGCGGGUGGGAGGGAGAGAAAGCCCGUUUAGAUCGGUGCGGGGGAUGGGGGGGGGAGAGGGAGUUUCUCCAAAUUCAGCAACUUUAAAGACUGGUGGACUUCAACUCCCAGAAUGCUGGCUGAGGAAUUUUGGGAACUGAAGUCCACCCGUCUUUAAAAAGUUGCAAAAAUUUUGAAGACCCUCUGAUUUGGAGCAAGGUUUCGCAAGCUCGGCACCUUUUAAGAUGGGUGGACUUGAGGUUGGCUGAGGAAUUCUGGCAGUUUGGGAGUCCAGCCGUCUUAAAGUGGCCCAACUUUUGAGAAAUGACGAUUUAGAAUAAGUUGUGGCUCUACACCAGAGGUCGUCUUCAAACUUGGCAGCUUUAAGACUUGUGGACUUUCAACUCCCAGAAUUCUCCAGCCAGCUAUGCUAUGCUAUGCUAUGCUGUGCUAUGCUAUGCUAUGCUGGAGAACUCUGGGAUUUGAAGACCACAAGUCUUAAAGCUUCCAAGUUUGAAGACCUCUGCUCUACACUAGGGAACCUUCCAGUGAGAAGACAGGGUAUUUUCUCUUCGCAUCCAAAGUGCUGGUGUGGUGCUUGUGUGGGAUUCCAGACCAGGUGGCAACAGCGACCCAAAGUCAGUGGUGUCUUCGCUAGGCACCCUUCUGAAGUGCUCAACUUCUUCUUCAAACCACAAGAGCUUCCUUCCACCCAGGCUUCUCUUCUCCCAGGAGCAGGACAGACAAGUUGACCAUCAGGGUAUGCUUCCGUAGGACCAAGGAAGCCGUCUGCCCUGCCUUCCCGGCUGAUCAAGGUCACAGUUGGGGCAAAGCCUCACAAAUUGUGUCUCCAGAGGGGGGGUGAGGGAAACAAUUGGUGCCAGGGAGUUAGCUAUGGUAGCUCAGGAGAAAGGACUAGGAAGGGAGAAAGAUAACAUAGGGGAACAAUUUCUCCAGGAUUCCCAAGAGUUUCCCAUCGUCCCCCCAAAAAAAGGAAAAUGUUAUCUCGGUGGAUCACCAAAUGUAUUGUCCUCACCACGAAUUCAAACAGCCAGGAAAUCCUCGACCUUAAAAUGCCCCCCCACUCUUCACUCCCAAUCCUAGUUGAACACUGAAGCCUCAUGGACUGCAACGCUGCGUUGCGCAUCGACUGCCUUUUCUCACGUGUAUCUGGAACGUUGGGUAACUCUUCUUCAAUCGUUUUCAUGUGGAUGUUGGGAAUCGCUUCCCCCCCCUUCCCUCCCCCCCCGCUCCUUUGCCACGAACCCCUAAUUUUUCUGCCUCUUCACAUUGCUAUGAUUUCAGUGACGUUUGGCGAAGCAUUCCUUUCGUGGGGUGAAGCAUUUUAAAGCAUGUAGAUUUGCCAUUUUUACAUUCGGCUGGCUAGCUAGCACCUGCUUUCUGCUUUCCUAGAGACUAAAAUAAGCAAGUCUGAUUUUGUUUGGUUGAGAAGUGUGUGUGUGUGUGAGACAGAGAGAGAGAGAGAGAGAGAGAGAAGAGAGGGAGAGAGAUAUAAAACAAGGACGGUAUAAAAUAUCUCAAAGGAUAGAAUUUAUUUUUUUGCACUUGUUCUAAAGAAGUUUGCUUUGUAAAAUGGGCAAUUGGCAGCGAUAACAGAAACAAGAUUGCUGAAUCCUUCAGAUUUGCAAAGCUGAUCGCUGGUUCUUGGGGGGGGGGGAAUGAAAUGUAAUCAAUCCGUGUUUGAGGAUUCUUUUUUUGUUUUGUUUUCCCUUUUCAGGGGUCCCGGGUUCUUAAUUUAACUACCGUAUUUUUCAGAGUAUAAGACGCACCUUAGUUUGUGGGGAGGAAAAUAAUUAAAUAAAAUAAGAAAAAAGCUGAUUGGUGGUAGAUCGGCCUCCUGGAAUACCCCCAAUCAGCUGUUCCCAGAGGUGAAUUUUAGCAACAGGUUCCUUGGUUGUGAGCUCUGUGCCUUGCUUUUUUUUUCUGCCUCUGAAACUCUGUUUCAGGGGGAAGGGAGAAAUUCUGCCACUGAAAGCCUCCAAAACAGAGCUUCAGAAAAAAAGCCUCUGAAGUUCUGUUUUGGAGGGUUUUUUUCUGAAUCUUCUUUUACAGGCUUUUUUUCUGAAGCUUCGUUUCUGAGGCUUUUUUUUUUCAGAGGCUUUUUUCUGCCUCUGAAAGCCUCCAAUACAGAGCUUCAGAAAAAAAGCCUCUGAAGCUCUGUUUGGGGGCUUCUUUUCUGAAGCUUCUUUCAGCCUCUGAAACCUCCGUUUGAGAAGCGGGGCGGGGCUACAUUCAGAGUAUAAGACGCACCCAGAUUUUCACCCUCUUUUUUUGGGCGGGGGGCGGAGGUGCAUCUUAUACUCUGAAAAAUACGGUAAUUCUAUCAGUUUCAUCCUAUUCGUUAACAUACCCAACCUCGCUGUCUGGGUAAUAUAUCUGUAGGGAAUUAAAGGGGUAAACUGUCUAAAUGCUAUUUUAUAUUAUAUGUCCGUUUUCUUGCACUCGGAACUGUCCAUAUUCAAAAGAUGCAUUCAAAUUCUGAGAUUCUGAAUGAAUUUCUCUAAGGUGUGCUAAUUUUCUGCCUAUAAAUAGUAGCAUUAGGAUUAGUAAUAAUAACAAUAAUAAUAAUAAUAAUAGUAUGUGAGGGCAUGCCAUUAUAUAACACCCUGAACCGAGAAUUACUCUGAAAAUCUUAGAUAAUAUCGGCUGUAGUAAAGGGUCUUUGUUAUCUAUAAGCGAUCCUAAAGUCAAAUCUUUAUUCGGACAAGAGUUGUAGGGAAUAGGGAAAUAAACUCCUUGUCCCAUCAAAUUUUGUGCACUUUAACGUUUUGCUAAUAUUGUUUUUGUUUUUGUUUUCCUGCCUGUUAAAAACUGCUUUCUUUGUUUAUGAUUUAUUUUGAGUCUUGUUGCUGUUUGGCGGAAAGGAAAGGGCUAAUAAAACUCGUUAUUAAUUUA